UACAGAAAAGAAUAUAUACAUACAUCGUCAUUCUGUUAUACCAUAUUCUUUUUCUCAGGCAUAUUGAAUAAUACUGUUCUCAAUUUUGUUUCCAAUCAAAUUACCGGUGAAUUUUGACGGCUUCCCUUACUGCUUUAGUUGACAUCGUUUUUCCAGAUCCAAAAGAAUUCGUUGCACUUACAGUUACAGAAGUAAAAGAAGAUUAUCGUUAUCAAUUAAUCACAGAAUGUGUUCGAUCGAAAUUUAGAUUAGAUAAAACAACAACUGAUCUUUUAUGGUGUGAUUUACAUGAGGUGGUUUUAGGUAAACGUCGCAGUGCAAGAAAAAAUUUAGCACCGAAAACAGCAGCAGCAGCAGUCUACGCACAGUGGGCAUUUUUAGCUAGAGCAAGCGG